CGCGUACUUUCGCCAGGAAUUCCAGGCCACGCCCAGCCGCCCUCUUCCGAUUGGUUUCACAACGAGAUUCGUGACGUCGGUCGGUGAGAGAAUAUAUAAGCGGGCUGCCGGAACGUUCGACAUCACUUUCUCAGAAUUACAGCAAGAAUAAAGUAUUAAUAAUCAUUGAGCGUCCAGAUGACCAGGCAUGACUUGGGUGCAUAGCUAUUCUAUACAGGAUUUACGCAAAAUGCGCUGUGAGCUGAACCAGAGAACCGACGGAAGAGCCGAGCUACGACUACCUGCUGCUGUGUACUUCAUUGGAUUUCACCGGAAUAUCCAGGAACCUCCUGCCCAGGAGAGCAUCACUAACUUCUGCUGGAGCGCCUUCUUGACAGGCUGACCGUACUCCUCCGCUACAACUAUCUGGUGAGAACACACUCUAUAGUAACUGGUCAUAGGCUCUACCCCCCCCCACACACACUAUAGUAACUGGUCAUAGGCUCUACACCACCCCUCCCCCCACACAGAUACACACACUAUAGUAACUGGUCAUAGGCUCGACCCCUCCCCCACACACACUCUAUAGUAACUGGUCAUAGGCUCUUCACCUUCCCCACAGACAGAUACACGCUGUAUAGUAACUGGUCAUAGGCUCUACCCCACCCCCUUACACACAUGUACACAUUGUAUAGUAACUGGUCAUAGGCUCUUCUCAACCCCCCCCCACCCCCCACAUAGUUACACACUGUAUAGUAACUGGUCAUAGGCUCUCCCCCCACCCCACAGGUACACACUGUGUAGUAACUGGUCAUAGGCUCCCACAAACACUAGUCAUAAGCUUUGCUUUCUGAGACACUACAACAAUAUGAUAAGAACAUUCUAUAGUGGCUGGUCAUAGACUUUGCCCUUUAAGACCUGCUAUAGCUUGAUCAUAAGUUGUGCUGGUCUUUAACUGUACCCAUGGAAUUCCUUAAUUCUGGACCCUGUGAAAAUAAUUAUUCCUAAAUCCUAUUAAGGAGCCAUUUUAGCCUAUUGUUUGUGGUUUAAAGUAGGUCUCAUCCACUCCCAACACUAGACACAAGGAAUAUAUCUAUUAAUGGAUUUAUUUAUUUUUCUUACAGUAGACUCAUUUUACUUGUUAAUAACAUGUUUGUCAUGUCCUGAAAGUAUCAGACUUUGUAAAAUGCAGAUCUUCUGUUAAAUUGGCUUUCUGCCCUGGGAUUUUUUAAAAUCUGAGUUGCAGAGAAACAAAAGGUAUGACUGACACAAAGAUGGCAAAGCAAUGGAGUACUGUGGCUGGUGUAUUUUUAGAAUUUUUCCUCAACGUGCAUUACGUACAUGGUUUAUCCUUGUGGCUGAAUAUAAUAAUUUCAAAUUAGUAAUACUGAAAUAUAUUUUAAUGCAAGGACAGUCAGAGCUAAAUAUUCCUCUGAUCAAUACAAAAACAGUAGUCAUUUGUUAUGAAACUGUAGAAAUGGGCUGGAUGUAAAGUGAUGAAUCCGGUCGGAAUGAUAUUGUCACAUGGUCGGAAUAAUGAAUCAUCGGUUAUUUGUUUCUGUACACACAAGCCUUUGUUCUUACGCUAUUGUUUAAACUGAUUUAGUUGGUGUACAGAAUUCAAGUUUCGUAAAUUUACUGAUUCACUGUAAUAUUUUGGGGGGUUUGUAUGAAGAUGAGCUCUAUUGUUGACUGUUGUAGUGGUAAUUUGGGGCAUGUGGAAGAAUUCCACCAACAUCCCAUCAAAGUAAAAAAUACUCUUUGGUUUUUUUAGGUUGUUUUUAACUCUAGGUUAAAAUCCAGUUGGCACCACUAAUCUGCCCAUAACAAAAGCACACUAAUAUUGCUUGCUUUUAAUUAAGCAAGAUUGCACUCUACCCAAGAAAUCUGAAGCUGCUUUUCACAGGGUUAUUAAACUACACAUUUUCAAAAAUUAAAUCAAAUUUGAAAAACUGAGGCAAAAGUCAACAAAUCUUGAAAUAUUGUACAACUCGAUCAUACACUAGUUUUGCCAUUCACUUUUAACUUCUGAAAAUUUGGAAUUAUUUGAAUAACACUCUGAUUUAAUGGUUUCUAAUGGGGACGUUUAGAAUUAACAAAGCUUUAUGGAGGCUACCGUGUUGUGACCAUUUUACGGUCAGUGCAGCUGUAGCACCUUUGGUUGCUGUCAUACUGACACCCACUAAACAUUGUUUUAACCCUGCAAUGUAAACAUUGCGGUUACGCAAACUAUCUGACAUUGCAGGGUUAAGAAAACAGAGGGCCAUACAUCCAGAUUACUUAAUUGGAUGGCUAGUGUCCCUUUAAUGUGUUUUUUAUUUUUAUAUAUAUUUUUUUUUUUUCCUCGACCUGGACAAUUCUUUACACAGUAAUGCAACAUGAGCUCUUCAAUCUUUUUUUGUUUGAGAAUUUAAGGGUCAUUAAAAUAAUAUAGUCCAUGUUUGUUUUCUCUUUUUUUUUUUUUUUUUUUUUUUUUUUUUUUUUUUUUUUUUUUUUUUUUUUUUUUUUUUUUUUUUUUUUUUUUACAAAAAACACCAAAUGCUAACUUUCUGUUUUGUUUUUCCUGUAGGAAACUAUCAAAAACAGGAUGGGUGUUGACUACCUCAGCCUUGGCCCAUACUGGUUAAACCUAACAGCUCCCUUGACCUGUUGGCACAAAGGAACUGCCAUCCAGAUGGAUAUCAUGAAGAAUCACCCGGAGUUGCAGGGCAUACAUACGGAACUAGGCACAGACUUUGUCCUGCUCACAAUGGCAGCUAGACUAACCCACUCAUUGAUCUCCCUGACCAAAAAUAUAAUGCACAAAAGGGUCUGGUGCUGGAAGCUGCUCCCAAGUGCAUUGAUGACCAAACCAUUAAAAGUAGUGCUUUGGAUGUUUUGGCGUGUUCUAGACAUUUUAUUGGCAUUGGAGGUGACUAAAGGGAUAUUUAAAAAGAAACAUUCAACUCAUAAACAAGCUGCUCAUACAGGUGUAUCUAUAAAAUACCACUGGACGGCAGAGCUGUCCAACUCUGCUCUUGAAGAGGAAGUGUCAAAUAUCAUACCUGUCAAGAGGCUUCAAGAUACUGUAGACAUGGACAGAGAAAAUCAUUCCUUGGACAAUAUGUGUAAAGAGCCACUCUUGCCUUCAUGUACGAACCCAUUCAUCCUCUCAAUGAUUUGUGUACCAACUGACGAAGAUGCUUCAAGCAUAUCGGGUGAGUCUGAUGGAUUUGGAGAAUGGGAAGUGGAAGAUGGUCAUAUGUGUUGUGAGAAGGAUGAGUUGUCUCUCACAGAAGAAAUGUCAGCUGACAGUGGACUGCAAGAGUUUUGGACCCCCCAGUCCAAGACUGAAGACUGUGAUGAGGAAAGUGAUUGGUCUGACUCUUGGGAUGAAGACAGUGAUUCAGAAUGCAGCAAAGUGGAUGAAGACCUGUGGGCCUCAUUCUGUCCAAAAGAUGAUCCUUACAACCCACUUUGUUUCUCUAUGCCCACAAAAAGCACUGUGAAAUCAAAUGACGAGGCAUAUGUGAACACACCAGAGUCCAGUAUUUGUGAAAAGCCUGUAAAUGAUGAGCAGAGGAGUAAUGUAAAAUCUCCAGCACUCACGUGUGGUGUACAGACCAGAACAAAGGGAGAUGUGGCAACUGCAUGCAAAUAUUCUGAGGUGCAAGAACCUGCUCAUACUAAGAAAGUAAGUUCAGGCUAAAGCUUUUUCUAACAGCCAGAUGUUUAGUGUAUUGUAUAAAAACAUUUGUCAGGGGGAGUUGUUUGUACAGACUUUGGGUCAAAGCAUUUUACAUUGUGACCUGACCUACAAAGAACUUUUGUGUGCAUCAGACAGCUGAGCAGCUCUAAACAGUAUACAGUUUUUUUUCUUGUAUCUUGACACUAUCUAGAAGGGCCUAACUAUCUGACUAUUGAAGUAGUCCUUGAAACAUUAAAUAAAGUGGUGUCAUAUUCUUGCAUAAGAUCUCUUCUGAGACAUGAUGCCAUAGUCUGAAAUGAUCAGGUGACUAUCAGUGCAGCACAUUCUUGUCUAAUAGACUGAUGUUUGGGAUCUGAAUGACUCACUCUUGGCAACAAGUCACAUGACUAUCAUCAUACCUUACAACCAACUUGUAACAGGGGGAUUACAUACAUUUUCUAAAGAGGGCAUCCCAGUGGGGAUUAACUGCAGCAUCUGUAAAUGCAGAAUAGACUAUUUCAUCAUGUAGCACAAUUUCUUCGUUGUGGGUUGUGAGCAUCCCUCUCUCUGCUCUGAGUGCAUCGUGCAGGUUUAUCUCAUAAUAGUGGUUUAUGAUAACUGGUUUAGCCAAAAAUGGACAUAUGGGUGUAUAGUUGUCAUUUAAUGUGGGAGUGCAGUGUUUUUUGUUUUUUUUCUUCUCCUUGCAUUAACAAUCUGUUUCCUCCAGGUUCAUUUCUCUCCUGAUGUCAGCAUACACCGCAUGGUUACAUGGAGUUAUGCCCACAGAAUGGCCCGCAAAGGCCCAUGGGAAGAAUAUGCAAGGGAUCGCUGUCGUUUCAAAAAACGCAUCUCUGAAACAGAAGAUGCUAUCAGUUACUGCUUGACCCCUCGGCAUCGUGAGAAAAUCUGGGAUUUUCUCUAUGGAAGAAAUGGAAAUUAGUGUUGUAGGAAAGAUUGCAAAUCUAUGACAUUAUAAAGUCUUCAGAAUGUUGGCAGUGAUGUGUAGAAAUACUUCAGUAUUAAGCCAUCUUCUGACAACUGCCAGUCCUGAAAUUAGACUAUAACUGUAAAGUAUUUAUUUUAUAUUUUGCAGGGGGGGGGGGGUGUAUUAUAUACAGUUUCUAGCUGAAUGCUAGAAGGGCUUGGUGUAAUGUUCAGUCCAAUUCUUUUGGGACUUUUAUUUUCCCAUCUCCAAAAGUGAGAGUGGAACUGUCCAUUACUCCUCUCUUCACCCAGUAAAUGCCUUGCAAACCGCUCUACCCUUGCUCACUAGCUGUAAAUUUUUAUUUAUAGGGAGCUGGAUGCUUCCAACAUUGUUAUAUUUUGUUAAUAUUGUAUAUUUAUAUUUACCUUUUCUUUUUAUACUAAAAUAAAGCUUUUUGCUUUAGUUA